UUUGAUUUUUGUUGUGUGUGCUCCGCGCUCCGGGUUAGAUGGUUGUUUUUACGGUACUGCGCGUUCGUCGUCUGUAGUUUGAGAGUCGAAGAAGAAAAAAAAGUAAUAGGCAAUAAAUACACUAAACUCUCAGAAAUGCAGUAAAAAAAACGCAAAAAAUUAGCAACAAUUAGGAUAUAUAAAAAAAAUAGAAAACCAAGUGCUAAAAGUGUUCCUCGGUGGUACAUAGUGUGAAGCAGUAGAUAUUGUCUAAGUUUUAGUUUUUUUUUCAUGAAAUCGCAAGUGUACCACUACAAGAAUUAUGCAAAAUAAAGUUUGGCCAACAACAAAAGCAGCAAAGCUGUUUAAAUGUCAAAGUUGUUGUUGUUGGUGUCUAUUGUUAUUAGUGUGCAUAUUGAAUUUGGUUGGGGCCACAACGACAGAACGAGGUGGGGGAGAAGUGGAUAUUGCCGCUGCACAUAAAGAAGCAACAGCUGCUACAAAAUUGAAAGGAAAAUUGGUCUUUGCCCAUGUGCUCUUCCGGCAUGGUGACCGUACACCUAUCGACCCAUAUCCCACUGAUCCCUGGAACAAUCCAUCUGACUGGCCAACUGGAUGGGGUCAAUUGACGAAUACUGGCAAACAACAACAUUACCAUUUGGGCAAAUGGCUGCGACAACGCUAUUCCAGUUUGUUAAGCAAAACCUAUAACAAAGAUGAGAUCUUUGUAAGAUCAACGGAUGUUGAUCGUACCUUGAUGAGUGCUUUGUCCAAUUUGGCUGGUCUGUAUGAACCGCAGACGAAAGACAUAUGGAAUCCUGAUAUAGAUUGGCAACCCAUACCAGUGCAUACAGUACCAGAGAAAUAUGAUUCGGUUUUGGCCGCCAAGGCACCUUGUCCUGCCUAUGAAUAUGCCUAUUCCGCUCUGAUGGACUCGCCGGAGAUACAGAAAAUAAAUGACCAUUAUGCCUACCUGUUUAAUUACCUCACCAAGAACACAGGACGCGCCUGCGAUUCAUUGGCAAUUCUACAGAACCUAAAUAAUACGUUUUUCAUUGAGGAGCUCUACAAUAAGACCCUGCCCGAAUGGACCAAAAAAGUGUAUCCCAGCGAAGAUAUGACCUAUGCUGCUGCUUUUACUUUUACCCUUGCCACCUAUACACGUCAGUUAGCACGCUUUAAGAUGGGGCCCUUGAUCAAGGAAAUUCUACAGAGGUUUGCAGACAAGUCAAAGGGAAAAUUAAUGCCAGAUCGUUCCUUGUGGAUCUAUUCGGCUCAUGAUACAACGGUGGCAAGUGUAUUGAAUACCUUGAAAUUGUUUGAUAUGCACAGUCCUCCCUAUGCAUCUUGCAUUAUGUUUGAGCUUCGUCUACAAGAUAAAAAUGAACCAUAUGUCUCGAUUUUCUAUAAAAACACUACCAAAGAACCAGAGCCUAUGUAUAUACCAGACUGUGGCAUAGAAUGCCCCCUAAAUACUCUCUUCAAUAUAUACAGUGAUAUAUUGCCUCAAGACUGGGAUAGCGAAUGCAAAUUGUCGACGCUUAUGAUGACCUAUGAGGAGGCCAACAUUGGUACAGCGAUGGGUAUUCUUGUUGCUAUCAUCACCAUUAUGCUCUUCCUAUCCUAUGUGGUCAUGGUCUACUAUAGAAGACGCAGCUACAAAAACUAUUUCUCUCACUCACAGCCACAUAAAUUGGAUGCCUAAUCAUCAUCACAGAAAGUCUAACGCAAAGUUCUCACAAAUCUCAAGCACAAAAGAAAAAUAUUCGGCAUUUGUUAUUUUUUUUUAUUUCAUUGUAAUCAAGCUAAGUUUUUGGUUUUGUUUCUACAAUUAUAAUUAAUUUUUCUCCCAUAUAUGUAAAAUAAUUGUUAUGAACGUAUUUUUCUAGUUGCAUUUGCAUUUUAUUAUAGAAUCAAUUGUUGCAUUUAUUGUAAAAAAAAAGAAGGAAAAGGAAACGAAAAACAAAACAUUUGUUAACAAGUCUGCUUUGAAAUGAAAAUCAAACCAAUUCAUCAAAUAUAUAUAAAAAUACGCAUAAACCUACAGACAUACGCAAUACAGGGUGCACAGCCAGCCCUUAAGAAUAUCAUCAUGUUCAUAAAGAAAAAUCAAAACGAAAAAAGGAAGAAAGUUCAGGCAUAAAGGAAUUCAAGUCAUUUACAUUGUGAUUCACAUUUUCAGUAAUUGGUAGUAAUUAGAACUAAAAAACAUCAAAAAUUUAAUCUUAGAUGUAUAAAAAAACAAAACCAACCAAAACAAAACAUUUAUUCA